CCCAUCUUCUCCUUCACAUAUCACCAACACAAAAAUCACUCCUCUCAGUAUAGCUAAGCUAAAGCUAUAGGAGUUUGUAGUUACUGAGACAGACAAUAAGCUUCGCGCGCGAUCAUGGCUUCCACACAGUGCUUCUACUUGCACCACCAUGGACUCUCCGCCCCUGCUAGGCCAUCUUCCUCGCAGCGUUACGUUCCGCUACUGAAGCCUAACCAGCUUGUCUGCCGCGCUCAGAAGCAGUCCGCCUCGGCUCAUGAAGACGACGGCGCCUCUUCAGUCGCCGUCUCUCGCCGAUUGGCUCUCACCGUCCUCAUCGGCGCUGCCGCUGUUGGCUCUAAGGUUUCCCCUGCCGACGCCGCCUACGGUGAAGCCGCGAAUGUUUUCGGAAAGCCCAAAACAAACACAGACUUCCUGCCAAUCACCGGAGACGGAUUCAAGCUGCAGGUUCCGUCAAAGUGGAACCCUAGCAAGGAAGUUGAGUUUCCCGGUCAGGUUCUCAGAUACGAAGACAACUUUGACCAAACCAGCAACGUCUGCGUCUUGGUCACUCCCACCGACAAGAAGUCCAUCACCGACUAUGGCUCCCCCGAGGAAUUCCUUGCUCAAGUGGACUAUUUGCUUGGCAAACAAGCCUACGCUGGCAAAACCGAUUCAGAGGGAGGAUUUGACCCUAAUGCUGUGGCCACUGCAAACAUAUUGGAGACAUCAACUCCAGUGGUCGGAGGAAAGCAGUACUACUUCAUCUCUGUGUUGACAAGAACCGCUGACGGAGAUGAAGGUGGGAAGCACCAGCUGAUCACCGCCAGUGUUUCCGAUGGAAAGCUUUACAUCUGCAAGGCACAGGCAGGCGACAAGAGAUGGUUCAAGGGAGCGAGGAAGUUCGUCGAGAGCACUGCCAGUUCUUUCAGCCUUGCUUAAGGUUGAAUGUGUUUCUGAGUUCAGUCAGUCUGUAUGUAGUGUUUUGUUCCCCUAAAUCACAUGCUGCUAAACUGAGCUUUUAAACCUUCUUCUGCCUUGCCCAUAAAGUUUUAGAAAUGUUUUGGAGUCAUGAUGGAGGCUGAUGCUAAUGUGGAUAAAUCCAGUAUAUUUCAACCA